AUGCUCGCCUUCAAGCAAAUCAUCCUCGCCGCUCUCGGAUUCGCCGCCCUGGCCUCCGCUGCUGCUUGCAAGACUGACGCCGACUGCGAAUACGAUGGCCAGAAGUGCGUGAUCCUCGAGGGCCGCCCUGCGGCUUUUGACUAUCCGCAAUCUUCACUUUCGAAACGGGGUUCCGCCACAGAUCUUGUUUUGCACACGGACGUAUGGCUUUCAACCUCCCUCUAA